AUGGGCAGGCAGGAGCAGGAAAUCACCGAUAGCAGUGCCCUCCGCAACGAGCCGGAACGCAUUCUUGACAUCGACCCUGCGCCCGGUGCUCCCGAUCUGAAGAGAAGUCAACCUGCCGGCCAAGAGGUCGAUAAUGAACUGAUGGCUCUCCUUCCAAAUUCCCUCAAGGACAAGAACGAAGCUACGACACAAACAGCCACGGCGAAAGAAAAUCUGAAAACCGGCAAGAAGAUGCUGGAGUCACUGGAAACAAUUCUUGCGACGCAGGAGAAUCUGAACAAGGAGCUUGAGGAAAAGGCUUUGAAACUAGAGAAGUCCCUCGUCGAAAAGGACGCCGCGAUUAAAGCGCUCGAGGAAGCCAAAGACAAAGCUGAAACUCACAGGAAUAGUUACAGAAAGCAACUCAUGACCUUGAGGGCAAGCGACAUCAUGUACAAGGAGCACGUUGUCAAGGUUGAGAGAGAUUGCGACCGAUACAAGGAAGAAGCAACACAGCUUCGCAGCGAACUCGAAAACGCGAAACAGAAGUACGAUAAGGACAUGCAAGAGUCAGAGGACAAGCGCGAGAAGGCAGUCUCAUCAGCCACCAAGGCGCACGAAGCCUCCAAGCUAUUACACGAGAAGGAAUUGGAACAGAUGCAACAACGCAUCGACGAGGCUACGACAGCCCGCGACUCUGAGAAACUGGCGAUGGAAAAGCGCAUCGAAGAGUAUGAGAACAAGGUUGAGAAGUUACAGCAAAAAAGCAAAGAGACUGCAGACGCGCAUACAAGCACAACGAAAGAUUUACAGAAGCGUCUUGAUGAUGAUGCUGCCACACACAAGACUGAGAUAGAGGAGAUGCAACAACGCAUCGACGAGGCCACGAACACGCACGAGACCGAGAAACAGGCGACGGAAAAACGCAUCGACGAGUCUACCAACGAGAUUAAGCGGCUGAGGCAAGGUAUCGACGAGACCGCGGCCACACACGGAAGCACGACGAAAGAUUUACAGAAGCGUAUUGAUGAUGCUGGUGCAAAACACAAGAAUGAGGUGGAAGAGAUGCAACAACGCAUCAAGGAUGAUGAGGUCAACCAUAAGGAAAAGAUGGAUGAGAUGGAGCAACGUCUGACCACGUCCAAAGCCUCUUACGAUGCUCAGCUGGACGAUAUGAAAAAACGCGCCGAGAACUCUGAGACGUCGCAUAAGGAGAAGGUGAAUAUGAUGCAGCAACUCAUCGAGAAUGCCAAAAUAGCCCAUCGUGAAGAGCCGGGCAAGAAGCAACAAAGUAUGGAUGCAGCCAAAGCCGCCCACGACGCCGAGACGGACAAGUUGCGGAUAAGGGUCGAAGACACCAAGGCCAUGUACAAGAACAGGGUGGGGGUGGCUCAAAAGCAACUGAACGACUCCAAGGCUACACACGAGGACAAGGUGAAGGAGAUGCAGAGGCAGAUCGACGAGUGCAACACCGCACGCGAUAAAGAUGCGGAGGAGCAUGAGAAGGAAAUGAAAAGCAUGCGAGAUGCUAUAGAGGAGAUGAGAAACACACAUUGGGCCGCCAUAGAGACUGAAAAGUCAUCGCACGGCAGGGAUAAGCAGUCGUUGGAAACAACUCACUACAAAGAAAAGGGAGGUUAUGAGACAGCGCUCAAGAACAUCAAGUUGGAGAUGGAAAAGCUCAAGAAAGAGCACGCAGCAGCCACCCAUAAUGCCAAAGAAGAGCGUCAUCGGCUCGAACAGAAGGUUACCGGAUUGGAAGAUCUAGUACUGAUACUGAGUGACUCAAAACUCGAGGUAGAGAGGCACUUAGAGGAGGAGAGACGCGACGCAGCGCUGAAAAGUUCGCACCUCGAGCGUCUCCAGAAGGACUUGGCAGAUGUGGAGUUGCAGAGGGUUGAUGUUGGAAAUCAGCUCGUCAGCAUAGCGGCCGGAGUGCAAGUGCUGAAGGAGAGUCUCAGCACAGAGAUGACCGAGACAGUAAAAGCUGAAGAGAGUCUCCGGCUCGCCAAUGAGUUGCAUACCGAUGCAAUUUUCCAAUGGGCUAGACUUUUAUUUGGUCCAAGGGAGUUCUAUAGCGAACAUACGCUGAUAUCAGCCAUUGGCCAAGGCACUCAGGCCGCAGGCCACGAUCACAAGCCUUGGCUUAUCAGCGAGUCUUGGACAGCAGAUCAACAAUACUCGGAGUUUCCUGGUCACGAGUUAGGGGCGGUCGUUUCGAUGCUCGUUCAGGACCUGCAAGACAAAGUGCUUGGGAUCAACGUGUUUCACGGUCUGAUGCGGAGACUGACCAGACUGGUCUCACGGGCUCCACGAGUCAACACAGCGUUGAUACAGUGGAUUAUCGACCACAGCAAUUGGAGUCUUUCGACAGUCCGUCCAAAUGAGCUUAAUAUCCCUGCGCGAGCUGCCAUCUGGGCGCUGGCGGACGUUCUGAGACGGAGAUGGCCCAGCACUGGACACAUCGAAGACUCGCACGAGGUCAUGCAAGAGUGCUGGGAUCUCAUCGCUCAGCAUGACCCCAAGGCAGUCGACGCCGAGGGACUCAACGCCCAAGGGAAACUUCCAAUGGUGUUGGAGCUCCUGCAAGACAACAAUGGGAGUGUUAUUCACAUCGUCAAGAAGCCCGAAUGGGCGUGGGCUGUCAUCAUGGACAUGCAGAGACAUACCUGCGCAUUCGUCAAAGAGAACUGCUUGCGAGAAGUGGCUAUGGGUAAUGGUAUAUGGGAUAAGGAGGUCAAGGCGGGGAACAUCGUUAUCCACUUAGACAUGAGUAAGCCAGAGUGCGUAGACUUUUAUAUGGAAUACUGGGUAUUUGAGGACUAA